CAAUACCUAAUAGGAAGAGAAGAAGAAGAAGAAGAAGAAGCAGCAGCAGCAGAUCAAAUAACUGAUCAAUGGAGUUUAACAUGCUGGCAAUAGCUCUGAUCCUCUCACUCUCCCUUCUCCUCCCAGCUUCCUCUCUCGCCGGUACAGUAAUCUGUGAAAAUUUGCCCCAAAAUCUGUGCUCCUUGUCGAUAUCUGGGACCGGCGAACGUUGCGUGCUCGAGAGCUACAGGAAGAGCGGCGAAUCGACGAUGGAGUAUUACUGCAAGACUUCUGAGGUGGAGGUCGAAUGGGCUUCGGAUUGGAUCGAAACAGAUGAAUGCGUGAAGGCUUGCGGUGUUGACCGAAUGGCAGUCGGAAUCUCUUCGGACUCUCUUCUCGAUUCUCAAUCGACUGCUAUGCUUUGCUCGCCGGCGUGUUAUCACAAUUGCCCCAAUGUGGUUGAUCUGUAUUUCAAUCUUGCUGCAGGGGAAGGCGUCUUUCUUCCAGACUUAUGCGAGGCCCGACGAUCGAACCCACACCGGUCAAUGGUGGAGCUCGUACAGAGCUCUGGCUUGGUCAGCCCGCUUCAAGGGGAUAUUGAUCCUUCGCCUGCACCUUCAGCUCAAUAAUCACCAAGUUCAGCGACAUCUGACAUUCAGUAUUGUUUUUAGCUAUUUGUUUCACUCCCCUUGCCAUUUUGAAAUUUAAGAAUCUUAUGCAUGCAAGUGUGAGACAGAGUGGGGAGAUUUUGUGUCAUGUAAAUUUACUUUAUGCUCGACUGUUGUUAUGAGGGACUUGUUUUGUUUUCUUAUCUACUUUAAUUUUCUUCUACAUUGGUGCCCACUUAAAAUUUGCUUCUUACA